CCGUCCGGCCAUUUAAUCCCUGCUCCUGAUCUUUCUGGAUUCCCCUUGUCCCGCCUCCCCCCCUCCCGCCACUCUUCUCCUGCAAAUGGGGAAAUCGUGCCCAGAUCUUCCUAACAAUGUGCUGCAAGUUUUUUGAACCACCUCGCCGCCUGGCUUUAAGGCAGCCUUCACACUGAGGACUGGAGAACCCGAUGAUGAACAGAAACGGAGGCCCCAGAAGUAACAGAGAACGACGAUGAGAAGUUGCACCUAGAACUCCAUGAUGGCUGCCAAGCCAGUGGGGGCAUCCAAUUGGGUUCUCAGGUUCCCAUCACCAGUAGAACCGGGUGUCCAAAUCAGUGUUGAAAUGGAGGAGGACUCCCCUACUGUUGGGACCAUUAAGGGGAUCCUGAAGCGCUCACGAUCCCGGAAGGACCGAAUGGAUAAAAAGGAAGCAUUUGUGACCCCCCAGUGUUGGGAAGUCCGACAACAGACGCUCCUGCCUACGCCGACUGAGGUGGAGGAGGAAAAGGAUGAGGACGAAAAGGAGGCAGGCACCAAAAUGUAUGAGGAGAUACUGGAUGAUGAUAUUGAGACUUGCGUUGUCAACUUUGAUAACGCCUCAGACCUGAAAGGGACAAGAGGGACAAGAACUGACGUGAUGGUGGGGCCGAACUGUAUGAUUACUAUAGAAGAAGAAGAGGUAGAGCUUGACAAACAGGAGGCACCGAAAUCUGCAAUCUUGUUGAAGGAUGACAUAGAAGCCUGCAUAAUAUCUCCCGAAGAAGUGAAGGAUCCUCAGGAAAAAGACGUUCCCCGAGCUGUGAUUCUGGGUGGAGGUAGUUUUGAGGCCGUCGUGGCGUCCUCUGAGAGGGUGGGCCGAUCCAAAGCAGAAAAGGCCACCCAAACUGAAGUGACCCAGGCAGAUAUCUCUAAGAUUUGUGAGGUCCGUCUCCAAAAAAUAGCUGAUUCCAAGAAAAAGGAGUUGACUGAAUCUGAGGUGGCAUCGGAUAAGGGUGACCAGGCCAGCAUGGCUUCUUCAGAGACACCAGCUGAUCCUAAAGGAGAAGGAGUGACCCAUAUUGAGAGAGGAGCAGAAGUUGGUCUAGCAGAUGGAGACAAAAGAGACAAUGAGAAAGAGCAGGCGGCCAUUUUUGGAGAAGGCGGCAUUGUCAUGGAGACCGCUCGCCAGGGUUUCCGGUGGUUUCGAUACCAAGAUGCCGAAGGUCCACGGAAGGCUUACGGACAACUGCGGGAGCUUUGCCGUCUCUGGCUGAAGCCCGAGAGCCGCAGCAAAGAACAGAUAAUGGAGCUUCUGGUCCUGGAACAGUUUUUGGCCAUUUUGCCUCAAGAAAUACAAAGUUGGGUGUGGCAGCAGCACCCCGAAACAUGUGGCCAGGCUGUUGACAUGGUGGAAAAAUUUCUAACUGGGCUUUCUUUGCUGAAGAGACAUGGCAAAAAGGCACUGGUCACUUUUGACGAGGUGGCUGUGUAUUUCUCUGAAGAACAGUUGAACCUCCUGGACAAGACUCAGAGUGGGAUCUACCGUGAAGUUAUGCUUGAAAACUUCGAGAACGUCCAGUCAUUGGGAUUUCCAGUUCACAAACCAGACUUGAUCUUCGAAAUGGAAAAGAGCAAAAACCAGGAGAUUUUUUCUCAAGACCCCGAGAACUCCAAGGAAGGGACUCCCAUGGGAACUGGAGACGUUGUGGAGGUCUUGAGUGAGUUGGAGUGCGAAGAACCGCCAACCAAGGGGGCUGCUGAGCACCCGCGGGCUGUGCCAAGAUCUGUGAGCCCUCUCAAAGAUGGGGACGGCUCUUUUAAGAGCAGCCCUCCUGCCAAGGAAGAGAGGCGCCGUCGCUGGUAUCGGACGGAGCCUCGCUUUGGUUGCCCCAUCUGCGGGAAGACGUUCCCUUGGCAGUCAGCCUUGGCUCGUCACCGGCUUUCUCACUCCAGCGAGAAACCCUACCAGUGCUCAGACUGUUCUAAGAGUUUUGCCCAGCGCUCCAAGCUGGCCCGCCAUCAAUGCCUUCCGACUGCGGAGCUCUCCUGCGAGUGCCCGGACUGUGGCAAGCGCUUCUGUGACCGCUCCAAGCUGGCCCGCCACCAAAAGAGCCACGCCGGGGAGCGACCUUUCCGGUGCGACGUCUGCGGCCGUGGCUUCUGCCUGAGUUCGAAACUGUGGCAGCAUCGGCGGGUGCACACGGGGGAGCGUGCCCACGCCUGUCCCGAGUGCGGGAGAAACUUUAGUCGCCGCUCCAAUCUUAUCCAACAUCUCCGGGUACAUCCCGGAGAACGCCCUUACCCCUGCGGCGAAUGCGGGAAGGCCUUCAGCCAGUGGUCAAAGCUGGUGCGCCACCGGCGGAUCCAUACGGGUGAGCGCCCCAACAUGUGCUCCGACUGCGGCAAGUCUUUCACCCAGAGCUCCCACCUCGUCCAGCACCGGCGGACGCACACGGGCGAGAAGCCGUACGUCUGCGGCGACUGCGGCAAAGCCUUCUCCUGGAGCUCCAACCUGGCUCAGCACCAGCGCACCCACACGGGCGAGAAGCCCUACGUCUGCCGGGACUGUGGCAAGGCCUUCUCCCAGAGCACCAACCUCAUCAAACACCAGCGCAGCCACACCGGCGAGAAGCCCUACCGUUGCCCCGAGUGCCCCAAAAGCUUCUACCGCUCCUCCGACCUCAUCCAGCACCAGAUCACGCACACGGGGGAGCGGCCGUUCAAGUGCGAGGAGUGCGGCAAGGGCUUCACCCAGAGCGCCAACCUGGUCAAGCACCGGAAGAUCCACGCGGGGGAGAAGCCCUUCCGGUGCAACGACUGCGGCAAGACCUUCAUCCAAAGCUCGGAGCUCAUUCAGCACCAGCGCACGCACUCGGGGGAGAAGCCGUACCAGUGCCAAGAAUGCGGCAAGCGCUUCGGCCACGGCGCCACCCUGGUCAAGCACCAGCGGCUGCACAUGGGGGUGGAGCCGUACCGCUGCGGCGACUGUGGCAAGACCUUUGGGCUCAGCUCGGCGCUGGAGCGCCACCGCCGGUGCCACAGCGAGAGCCGACCCUACGCCUGUGCGGAGUGUGGCCAGAGCUUCUCUUUGGCCUCCAAUCUCACCCUCCACUCCCGCAUCCACCGAGGGGAGAAGCCUUACCGCUGCGCUGACUGCGGCAAGUGCUUUGGAAUGAGCUCCACCCUCAUCCGCCACCAGCGCAUCCACACGGGCGAGAAGCCCUACGCCUGCCUCGACUGCGGGAAGGCCUUUGUCCGCAGCUCCCACCUCACCCAGCACCGCCGGACCCACACGGGUGAGCGGCCAUACCAUUGUGAGGAGUGCGGCCGGCGCUUCUCCCAAAGCUCCAACCUCAUCACCCACCAGCGUAUCCAUAUGGAGGAGCGCCCGCACAUCUGCCAUGGCUGUGGGCGGCGCUUCGCUCAGGAGGGGGAGCUGCAGCGCCACCAGCAGGAGGAAGACGGGAAGUGCAACGGCCAAGGGGCCACCGGAGAGCCGGAGGGAGACGCCUCCGACGUAGGUGCUGACAGUCCCGUGGAUGGUCGUACGUCAGCCCCCGGUGAGGAGAGCGGUGCCACGUGUGCUUUUUGUGGGAUGGACUGCAAAGAGGCCACGGAACUGGAGCAGCAUCAGCAGACGUUCCAUCCUGGUUGUCUGUGCGACGUUUGCGGGGAGAGCUUCCGAGAUGGUGCGGCGUUAGCGCGCCACGAAGAGAGCCACACGUCUUACAUCUGUACUCAGUGUGGAAGGAGCUUUGGGGACGCUGAUGCCUUGACGCACCAUAUGGAGAGCCAUGCGCCGUUGAUCUGUGGCCUCUGCGGGCAGAGCUGUAAGGAUAGCUGGGCCCUGGCAGCACACGAGAAGCGUGCCCAUGCAGCGUUCGGCCACAGCAAGGCACUCGCCCUUCGUGAGGAGAGCCGGAGAAGCAAAGGAAGCUCGAAGCUUAGGUUUGACCGAGAUUCUCCCAGGGAUCUUGCCUGUCUUGAUUCCAGGGGGAACUUUGGCCAGGGGACUGUCUCCGAGGAAAUGACACAGAGUCCGAUCUGCCUCAAACGUGGGGAGAGCUGCAAGGAGAGUGUGGGGCUGGAAGAGUGCCGCCCGGGCGGUAGGAGACCUCCCUCCUGUUCUAAAUGCGGGCAGGUGUUUGCCAACAGUACGGCCCUUCGCCGCCAUCAGAUCACUCACAGGCAGAAGAAAGCCUACAGGUGCCCCGAGUGUGAGCAUUGCUUUCCAGACCUGUCGGCCUUUGCUCAGCACCGGAGGGAGCACAGCCGGGAGAAGCUGCACCCGUGUGCCGAGUGCGGGCAAUCCUUUGCCGACACCCCCGCCCUUUUGCUCCACCAGAACAGCCACCUUGGGGACAAAACCCACAGAGGCCUUGAAGCUGGAGGAGCUGCAAAUCCUGACCCGGGUCCUAGCACGCAUCUGAAGAAUUGCACGGAGGGAUCUAGCACACGUCUUCCUGCAUCCCAGGAUACUUUCCCUGGAGACGAGACUUCGGAUGCCCGUUUAGCCUCUAGCUUCCAUCACAGCAUCCCGUUGAAGGAUCCGCUAUCUAGGAGUGUCUUGGGUUUUUCUGCCCCGCAGGGAAGCCCUGCAAAGGAGGAGGCUUUUGACAGAAGACCUCAGAAGAUGCCUUCAGAGGAGACGGGAUCCCUGGGUGGGCUUCUUCAGGACAGCUCAGCGCACACCUCGAAGCAACCCCCCCACCGGGAAGAGGAGUCUCACUCGGAGGGCUCUGCUUUGAAAGAAACCUCCGCCGUUGCUCUGCCUCAGAAAAGGGCCUCUGCCACGGAGAGGCCUGCUCCGGUUUCCACCGAAAUGGCCGCUCUGAUGCGGCGUCCGAGCACCAAGCCCUACAAGUGCCACGACUGUGAGCAGAGCUUUGCGGACGCCGCCGGCCUGUCCCGCCACCAGAAGACUGGCCACGCCAAGGAAAGGCCGCUGACGUGCCUGGAGUGCGGGAGAGGCUUCCUAGAAAGGCUGGCUCUGAUGUGGCACCAGGCGGAGCACGCGGCGGAGAAAGCCCAAGGCAUGCGGCCGCCUCCGCCUGACGAAACCUGGGACGUCGGGGAGAAGGAUCUUGCCGGCUCUCUGGAGUUUGGGGAGAGCUUCACAGAGAUCUCGGCCAUUCUUCUGCAGAGGGGGGCUCACGUUCCCGAAAGAGGUGCCUCACAGCGGCCAAAGGACUGUGGGGCGGGUGGGAAGCCAGACUCGGGGGAGGCCUCGAGUCCCUACUUUCGUCUCGAUCUGGGGAAAAAGCCGGGCGCUGGCAGCGUGUUAUCCCAGCGUCGUGUUCAGCGGGACAAAGGGAGAUUCCUUGUACAUUCGGAGCCUGGGAAGAACUCUAGGAAGAACUCAAUAUUGUUGCAGCACCUCCGGAACCACACAGCAGAGGAACCGUGAUGUAUGGGAAUUAUGGGUCCUGUAAAUUGCUGCCAGGUGGAGCGUGUACCUCCUGUCACUCUCCUACCCCAGUGCUCAGGGCAUAUUACCAUAUUUUUCAGUGUAUAAGACUAUAUUUUGUCUAAAAUCUUUAGACUAAAAC